CGAUUGCACCAUGGUACAUGAGUAUAUAAAAGAAGACGGGCAAGUUACUGUCAUCCAUUCUGCACUGAGCAUCUGAGCCAUCACCAGACGUAAUCUUGCACCACUGCAUCUGAUUGCACUAGACGACAAGUGGAGUGUGUUGCACCAUGUCUGGCCAAGGGAAAGGAGCGAACUACGAUGACCUAUCAAGCGCAGGUUACACUUCCUCGGGAAUUCAAAAGGACUCGGUGGCCUCAGGGAUGAUGUCGCACGCUGAUCUGUCCGGCUCGGGCAAGGGCGUGGUUUCCUCCCUGCAGAGUGCCGGAGCCAGGGGCCAAGGCAUCUCUGGGUCUGACAUGAACCGGUCUGACCUGAGCAGUGCUGGCCUGAACCACGGUGGUGUGACCAAGGGCAGUGGAGGGGCCUCCAUGAUGAGCAGUGUGGACAAGUCGGGCACCGGGGAUGGUGUGAAGGCAUCCUUGCAGUCCGUUGGUGCCAAGAAGUAAAAUCUGGAAACCACUGCAGGCUGUGCCGAGAAGAGUAGCUGGUUCUGCAGCCUACAAAUAAUAAACCAGCAGACUGUAUCAUUGCCAUGAUUGCACACUAUAAUGUGGAUAAAUUUGUUAAGAGCCUUCUAUCAUUUUUCAAAUUUCAAUAAUUGUUCAAAUUUGUGCAUUUAUAAACCAAUGUAAAUUCACAAUAAAUAAAUGCUUCAG